ACUUCGCUGUCGACAUCACCCCUCGAUCACAAUCCAGUCAUACGCACACCGGCACGCACGCACACGUAGAUACGCGCUCACUUACACACCCUCAGACACACGCCAUGGCACCAAUCAUGCAGCAGCUCGUACUCAGUCUCCUGUCCUCGCUCGGCAAUCCCCUCUCUCCACCCCAUUCGCAGCUCCCCUCGCCGGCUCCCGCCCCCUCCCCGUCCCCCGUUGCGUACACGGACUCGCUCGUGGCCCCGGUGCCGGCGGAGCACUACGCGCGGUACCUCACCUUUCUGGCCGUGGGCACGCGCACCUUUCGGUGCGACGCGUCCCGAGGCGGCGCCGCGGCGCCGUACCGCUUCGCAUCCUUCGAGUACGACCUAUACGACGCUGACGCCGACUCGGAGCGCGCGUUCCUCGUCGGCCGCCACGUGCUGAUGCCGCACCGCGACGCCUCCGGCGGAAACUCCAUCUUCUACACGGCGAACGACACGUUUACGUACUGGGUCGGUAACACAACGCUCGUCAUCCCGGACCCGCUGGCCGCGAGCCCGCUCGACAUGGCGCUCGAGCGGGAGCUCCGGACCGAGGCGUCGGAGCCGAAGCCGAGCGCCGGCAAGUACGACCUCGGCGUCGCCGUCUACGCCACGCGGUUCGGCGCCAAGGGCGGCAACCUCCCCGCCGACGCCGAGUGCACCGGCGAGCGGACUAUCGCCUCCGAGACGUACUACUCCAUGUUCAAGCAGGUGCUGUGAGAGCAAGUGAGAGAGAGCGAGAGGGAGGAAGGGGAGGGGAAGGAGGCGAGGGAUGUUGUGCCGCAGAGGAAAUCCGCGCGCGUAGG